CACCAGCAACAACUGCAAACCUAACGACCACACUGGCAACAACUGCAAACCUGAUGACCACACCAGCAACAAUUGCAAACGUAACGACCACACCGGCAACAACUGCAAACCUAACAACCUCACCAGCAACCACUGCUAACUUAACGACCACACCUGAAACUGCAAUCAUAACGAUCACACCUGAAACUGCAAGCGUAACUAUACCAGAAACUGCAAACCUAACGACCACACCAGAAACUGCAAGUGUGACUAUACCAGAAACAACAACCUUAACCACCACACCAGAAUCUAUGACACUAACUACUGCACCAGAAAGAAGCACACUAACCAUGGCACCAGAAGCUACAAUCCUACUUACCACAUCAGAAACUGCAACCUUAAUCACAAUACCAGAAACAACAUCCCUAAUUUCCAUGCUAGAGACUAGCACCCUAAUUACCACAUCAGAAAUUACAACUCUAACCCCCAGAUCAGAAACUACAUCCCUAACUACCACAACCUUAAUUACCAGACCAGAAGCUGCAGCCACCACAACCUCAUCAGAAACUACAAGCUCAGCGAGCAUACUAGAAUCAACUGCCUUAACUCCCACGCCAGAAGCAACACUAACUCCCACACCAGAAACUACAACCUUAACCAUUACACCAGAAACUACAACUUUAACUUCCUCACCAGGAAUUUUAACGCCAUCUCUCACACCAGAACCUACAGCCCUAACUAUCCCACCAUUGACCAAAACAACACCGACUCUCAAACCAACCACAAUUACCACAACAUUCACACCGACUACCAGUACAUUAAGCACCACACCAACCUCAAGCAAUCCAACCACUGUGUCAACUACAAUUACCCUAACUACUGCAUCAAGCACAACUACCCCAACUUUCACACCAGCCCCAACCACCACGCCAACCACCGCAACGCCUGCUACUCCAUCUGCUGCUACCAUCGCUACAACCACGGCUACAUCUCUUGCCUCCUGUGUUCCAGUCAGGUUCAUUCGUAUGAAUUUGAUUCGUGUGAGUAGUGCAGAAAUUUCAGUUUCCUGGGACACGAACAAUGUACUUGCUGCGGCUCUUUAUGAAGUCACUUUCUUCAGGGCUAAUACUAAAAUGUCCCAGUUUACAACGAGUACAAGAAAGGCAGUAUUCAAGAAACUACUUCCUGAUGUGGAAUAUCAAGUUGUUGUAUUGGUGGAAACUUGCAACCAACAACAGACAAUAGGAAGAAGAAUCCGGACACGUGCCAAAGUGUUGAGUGCAAGAACAAGGGUUAGAAACAGGACAUUCUUACCAGAUUUUAGAGACGAAGAAAGUCAACUAUAUAAACAAUUCGUAAAUAAUUUCAUUCAAGAUUUGCUAAGCGGAGUAGCUCGAAGGUUCAGAGUUUUAUACGACCUUGGAAGGCUGAGAAUUGUCGUAAAUCGUCUUACGCCAGGGAGUGUGAAUAUAGAUUUUGACAUUGUGUUGUCAACGGAUGAAAAUGUCACAUUGAGCGAAACCAGAGAAAAAAUUGUCGAUUCUUUGAACAGGAGUACAGAGUUUGACAUAGACCUUGGAAACACUACUAUAGCAGAAAGAGACAGCUGCCUGUCAGGGCUGAAUGACUGUUCCGUUCAUGGAACUUGUAUCAGACAGAAUACAACUUACACCUGUCAGUGUAAUACUGGGUUCAGAGACACAAGUCCCAGUGUACCUGGGAGGAUAUGUGAAGACAUCGACGAGUGUCAGAGUGGGAACAACACAUGCUCUCAAUUAGCUGUGUGCAUGAACACGCCAGGAAAUUUCUCAUGCAGUUGUUUAGAAGGAACUAUAGACAUCAAUCUGGCAAACCCAGGAACACAGUGCAGAGACAUCGACGAGUGUCAGACUGGAAACAACACAUGCUCUGAUUUAGCUGUGUGCACGAACACUCCAGGAAGUUUCUCGUGUAGCUGUUUCCAGGGGCUUUUAGAUACCAAUCCAGCAAACCCAGGAACACAGUGCAGAGAUCCUAAUACUUGUUUCAUCAAUACUGGAGAUAUCUGUGCUUUGUCUGACUGCAUGAUGUCUACAGUCAGCGACUGUAAUAGCAAAAUUGCAUUUCGUAUGAAAGCAACAUUAAGAUCCACAGAGUUCUCCAAUGACCUGAAAAACCCUGCAAGUGAAGCCUACAGGAACUUAUCUGACAAUUUUAUAAACACCGUUGUGCCAACUACAAAAACCAAUCUCAAUGAUAAUAGUUUUAAUGUCUCCAUCAUUGGUUUUCAAAAUGGAAGCGUAGUGGUAAAUUUUCUGGCUGUCUUGAACAACACCUCAAAUGUCAAUAGAAGCAGUUUGCUAAGUGCUGUUGGCACUGCAGUAAAAGCACUUGAUAGCAACAGUUCAGUCUCCAUAACAGGUACAACACAACUUACGACUGAGUCCCCUAUCCAAUCACAGUCUGUUCCCAACGUGCAGUCUAAUCCUGGAACUGAAAACCCUGGAUGGAGAGUGGCUGUGAUUGUUUUGGGAACUGUUCUAGGUGUAGCACUGCUGACUACCCUUACAGCAGUAAUUACAACAAUCUAUACAAAGAAAAAAUCCAGGAUGUAUAGCAUAGAAACAUCUGACAUUGUAAAACAAAUCAGCUAUUCAAACAUAUAGCUGUAUCCAUAAAACCUUAUUGAAGAAAUGUAGAUAAUUUUACCUGUUCUCUCAAGAUUUGGAUACAGUAUUUUUAACGUUAUAAUCUUCUGGAACACUCCAACCUAAUGUAGGAUAAGUAAUGCUGCAAAAAUAUGAAUGUGCACUUAUAUUAAUGUAACAAAAAUCAAAGCGUGUUUAAUUGUACUUAGUGCUUCAAGUUGGUGUGCUUAAUCUGUGAAUGGCGGCAGAAUGCGUCAAACAAUAUUUGUGUUAACUAAUGAUGAGUAAUGCCACGUAGCCCUGAGUACGUAUGGUUCUCAGCUGUCUGGAGUGUAACUCAUGUUCCCAGUUGGGAUUUAUGAUCUUCAAGUAACAGAAACCAAUACAUAAGCAUGACCUCCCCUCAAAGCUGUAGUCGGUGGAUACAUUGCCUGAUUUGGUACUGAGCCACACAAACCUUAGCCAGAUGCCAGAUUUGACGCUGAUCUCAUUUGGCAUGGUGGCAGCAGUAGUACAAUUGUCGUCCGAGCCUCUGGGCCUGGUAGGGUGAUGCUCCUUGUAAUGGAAUAGGCUGGUGUCCAUACUUACUAAUGAAGGAUGACCAAUCUCCACUCAGGAGAAGAGUGGAGAAAAACGUAAUGAAAAGGCAGCACAAAAAGAAAACCUUUCCUUGGCCACAAAUUUGUAGUUUUACAAGCAGAUCAUUGCAGGAUUAUUUUGAUGCCGCAUUAAAUCUUCUGAUAUUGAAAGCAAUUGUAUAUUUUCUAUUUUUCUAUGCAUUUUAUUAAUUAUUGCACCA